AUGGCGCUCCGCUGUGGCCGCGCGUGCCAGCAGUAUUUACUACAUUUAGCGCAAGAUAAUAUUGAUUUUAGGCUGCCGGAGAUCAAAGCGCUGCUUUCGCUCAGGGGCAAACAGUUCUGUCCAGAAGAAAACUUUAAAGAAAAGUCUCCCUUCUGGCUCCUGAACGGCGUGUCCGAGGAGGAUGUGCGCGGACUCAUGGAGAGAACCGUCUGCGCCAAGUCAGCAUUUGAACUGUGGGGUCAGGGACGGACACACAACGAGUUGCAAUCCUCCCUCCGGAAGUAUCCGCUGGAGAAAAUGGCCCCCUUUACACAGCGAGAGUCAACAUAUAAAAUCAACGUGUACACCUUCAACAAGACUCUCGUUUUUCAGGAGAGAAUAAAGAAGAUUGAUACACUGGAGUUCCUCCCCUUUCAAGGCAAAGUGAGUCUGAAGAACCCAGAUCACAUCUUCUUCUUACUGGAGGACUAUGGCUCUGAUCCAAAUAACAUCCCCGAUGAGCCUCUCCAUGUGUACUUUGGCCGAUGGAUUGCGGAUGGACAGCGGGAGUUGAUUCGUUCCCAUAGUGUGAAGAAGAGGCACUUCAUUGGCAACACCAGCAUGGAAGCUGGCCUGUCCUUCAUAAUGGCUAACCAUGCCCGUGUCAAAGCUCACGACCUGGUGUGCGACCCCUUCGUAGGGUCAGGCAGUCUGCUGGUUGCGUGUUCGCACUUUGGAGCAUAUGUGUGUGGCACGGACAUCGAUUAUAACAUCGUUCAUGGAAUAGGUAAAGCAAGCAGGAAGAACCAGAAGUGGCGCGGUCCUGAUGAGAAUAUCCGGGCCAACCUGCGCCAGUACGGGACUGAGCACCUCUAUAUAGACGUUCUGGUGUCAGACUCGUCCAAGGCCAUCUGGAGGGAGGGGCCCCUAUUCGAUGCCGUCGUCACGGACCCUCCCUACGGUAUCCGUGAAUCAACAAGGAGAACAGGCUCCCAGAAGGAAAUCGGCAAGCCUCCCGAAGACCUCUCUGGAGAGAGUCACGUUCCUGUCUCCAUGGUGUACCAGCUGAGUGACAUAUUCACCGACCUGCUACGUUUUGCAGCCCACUAUCUGGUGAUGGGCGGCAGACUCGUGUACUGGCUGCCAGUCUACAGACCAGAGUACCGGGAUGAGAUUGUACCCCAGCACCCCUGUCUCAGACUGGUGAGCAACUGUGAGCAGACCCUGUCCAGUCACACGUCCCGGCGCCUCAUCACCAUGGAGAAGGUCAAAGAGGUGGAGGACUCAGAUGAGUUGGCCCUCCUCCUAGACUCCCGCUUCAGACCAUACCGGGGCCAUAACGCCUUCCGGGAGAAGUACUUCAGUGGUGUCAGCAAGCGGAGAGGAAAGGCCGAGCAGAGCUCGUCGUCCGAUGGAGGAACCGACCCCCAAAGCGAAUGAAUCGGGACGAGCGACGUCAUGAGCAUCUCGGAAAAGCAGAACUUCCCGAAUCGCUCGUUGAGUUUUUUUUUUUUUUUCUUCCUCCAAUUUUUUUAAACACACAACACUAUGCUGGGUGUUUGUUUUAAUUAAUUUAUUAUUUUUUUAAAGUCCUCUUGUCCUGAUAUUUGUGUAUGAUUAACAGACAAUAAACCCUUGACCAACAUCAUAUUUGGACACUUCUGUUUUUUUGUUUUUCUGUCCCUCUUACGUUUUUGCCCCUUUUUUCCUCCACUUUGACAGUUGUUUUAGAAGCUCUGAUAACUUUUUCAUCUCUACAGCAUCGCCAUGCGCACUGUGGAUUACACUGUCUUCCCCCAGGUGUUCCCCCGUGUCCUGCAGGAAGGCCUUUUCACUCAACGAUCCACCUUUCCAACCAUUAUCGAGUGAGGUUGCUUCCAUUUUACCAAGACCAGGAGACCACUAGAGGACAGACUUGAGUUACUUGUGUGGACCACAUAAGGACUGGAAACCCAAAAAAGCCCAGAGGGGCUUGAAACAUGACAUGCAGCUGACGAUAUGCAGCGACAGAAUAUGAAGAGGGUCGCUGACCGGUCAGUCCACAGCCCUCCGGGUCAUUCUGCGAGGCAUAGCAAAGGCCCCGAAUUAUCAUCGCCUGCUACUGGACAGAGGCGCUCGCUCUCUAUACGCCGAAAACGGAAGGGAAAGACGGCUGCCGGCUGGCUGUGCGACGACCUUGCGGAGGGGCGAGGAGGCAAAAAAGAAAAGCAAACAUUUUUGUUUCAGAUUUCUGCGUAGUGUGAAAAUGUGUCACCGCCGUGUUCUGGUUUUGUUGUGAAGGAACCAAGGCGUGCCGAACUUUUUACUGCGGGAACGGGAAGGGAAAGUGGGCAGAGCGAACAAUGAGCCCUCAU